UCACAAAACAGAAGGCAGUCGGAAAACAUCUCAGUAAGGGAAUUGCGCUGUUUCUCCCAGUCGUGCUUUCAAACUCUGGUUGGAAGCAUAAGCCUUUUUACAGUAGGAAAAUUAAGUGCUAAAAGUAGAUAACUGUCCAUACCAAGUACCUGGAACUUUGAAAUUUAUACUGUCCUAACCCUACAUAAUGUAAUAUUGUUAUGUUAAUGCUGAUCAGCAAAGAAAGUGGAGUACCAUUUACAAGAUGCCAACUGUUGAAAAUCCGAGUGGUGAACAGAACUUUAUUGCACAUUGGACGUUCAAUAGUUCCCGUGCCGGAGUCUUAUUAGAUCCUAGUUUUACUGGUUUGAACUUCAAGAAAGAAAAUUUGUUACCUGGACCUGAAAAUAUCACAGCUUUACCUGCCGAAGUGUUGCAUCUUUCAGACACCUGUUCUGUAAGUGAUGACUCCCUGUGUGAAGAGUCUGGCAGCUCUCAUACACUUCAGCAAUACAGCACUGGAACAUCUUUUCCAGCAGCAGCAUGUAAUGUGAAAAGCUCUAAACCAGACUUUGUCUGUGGUGAAGUGGAUGGUCAGAAAAAAUCUGGUUACAGCGACCCACUUUUACAAAGGCUUGAACAGCUGAAGGAAUUGCAACGACAGAAACAGGAACAGCUAAAGAAACAACAGAUGGAGCAACUUCAAUGGCUAAUGGAAGAGCAGCAGAAGCUACUUAGCAUGGUAUCUGGCCAGGCAGCAGCUCUUGGCUAUACUCUAACAGCUGAAAGUCAAAAGCUGAGACCUGGGCAUUCAUCAGGCUUAACAACUUUACACCAAUUGCCAUCAUCUGGAUAUCAGAAUAUCUUUGAAGACAGAACUCAUGCUCCGAUUGUUGCUUCAUAUACACAAGACAAUGAUUCUUUACAAAAGUUAAACAACAAAGAAUGCACCCCAUCUUUGAAGAACAGUCUUUCAGAAGUGUCUGCCUGUGAAAAGCAAGGUCCAUGUGUGCCUAUGAAAAAGCCAAAUUGUUUGAACAACAAGGAAGACAAAUACAUUACUGGUAAAAACAUGUGGUGUCCAGAAAAAAAGACGGAACUAUUAAUGGAGAGUGAAGAUAAUCACAUUGAUUCUUUAUGUGUGGGAAUUGCAGUUCUUUCUGAAAAUUCCAGCGGAGGUGAACAUUCACGGACUAAUACAGAGGAAAGACCUAUUAAAGCUGCAAUACAUGAGAAGAAACAGACUUUUGAAGAAUUCUUGGAAGAACAGAUACAACUAGAAGAGCAGCGUCUGGAGCAAAACCAGAAGUUGCAGGAGACAAAUGGAUCAGCUGUUCAAAAACCAGUGACCAAAAGACCCUUCCUGAAAAGAGGAGAAGGCUUAACAAGAUUCACUAAUGCCAAAUCUAAAAUUACAAAACACGGAGAAAACACCUCAAAACUUCAACAAAGGGCUGCAGAUGACAGAAAUGUUAUUAAAGUGGACAGAUCACAAACACAGAAGAAAACUAUGCCUCCUGGCAAAGAACUGGUUUCUGAAAAUUCUUUUGCAACAUGUAAAAAAUACAACCACCCCAAUAAAGCAAAACAUUGCCCUAUUCAGAAGACGGUGGUACUCAGGAAUCACAAUGGAGAAAAUAUCUUGCCAUUAGAAACAAAAAUGCAAUCAGGAAAAAAUUAUGAUGGACAGAUGAGAGAUUAUUACGCAUCAGAAAUUAAUAACAAAACAGAAAAUAAAGAGAACAGAGUAGAAUUUGCUAAGUCUAAUACUGGCAAAAUCAAAAACAAAUUGCCUGGCACAGAAAAGUCUCAGUUGUCUCAAGAGCUGGCCAGUGCCUUCUCUAAUUCUAAACAUACUAUAGGUCACCCUGUAAAAGAUUCAGAACUGUCUUUUGAAAUUUCAUUUCAGAAUAAGCUGGAGAACUGGGAAAAAGAAAAAGAAAAAGAGACUCUAGAAUUAGAUGAGUUUUUGUUUCUAGAACAAGCUGCAGAUGAAUUAUCUUUCUCAAGUAAUUCCUCAUUUGUGCAAAGGGUCUUGGAUCGAGAUCUGCAAACUUUAAAAGGCCAUAGAAUGUCUUCUACCCCUAUAAAGGCAAAACAGCAGCAAGUAAAGGUGCUGGCUGUCGAACUCACAAAUGAGAAAAAUGAAAGGGCAGACUGCAUAGCACAGGAAAAUAUACAUAAUAGCCUAGUUAUGCACUCAGUCUCAAAUUCAGGAGCAGAUUCUAGAGUGAAGGAUCCAUUGAAUAAAACAGACAAUGUAAUAUUUUCAGCUGUGAAAACAGCUCCUGCUUUAAAAAGUAAUCCCUGGAUUGUAAAUGAAGAUAAGGGUGAGGGCAGUGGUGAUACUGCUACAGAUUCUGAGAGUAGAUUUGAGGCCACAUUGAAGCAUGACAACAAGGAUGCUAAGACAUCCUUUGUGAGCCAUAGAGAAAGUGAUCCAGAAUUUUUUGAUUGUGGAAGUUCUGUUACAGACAUCAGCAAAGAAAGCAUAAAUGGAGAUGCUGACCUUGGCUUGUCAGACAAAGAUUGCAGUGCACUGUCAAAGCAAAAGAUUAGAAGAGCUACAGACAAUCACAGAAGUGUGUCGUGUUUAAGGAGGAGUAAGUUUGAAUUUGAUGAUGAAAGAACAUGGAGUGAUCUUGAUGAAAAUUAUGUUAGCAGUGAUUUACCUGAAAAAUACACUAAAAUACCUUCGCAGAUGGACUUUCCCAGAAAGAAUGAUUCACCUGUCCCAGAUAAAGCAAUAAAGAGAAAAGUUGCCUCAAAGAAAGCAGAUGAAAUGUCCAAAGAGUCUGCAGCGGACAGUGAUUCAAAUGGACCUCCUGUAUCAAACCUGAUGAUGAAACUGUUUCCUUCACUGAAACCGAAACAGAAGGCAGGCUGUCGCUUGGAACGUGAAACCAAAUCGAAUGUGGAACAGGAUCCAGGAGGAAAUACUGUUCCAUCCCAGCUACUGAGAGAGAGACUCAAUGAAUUGGAAACUGAAAUAGAGAGAUUCCGAGCUGAAAACACAACUCUAAGUAAACUCCGUGAAGAAAGAGAGCAGGCCUUGGCAAAUAUCAGGAAAGAAAUUGCAGACUUUGAGCAGCAGAAAGCCCAAGAACUGGCUGAAAUAGAAGAAUAUAAAAAAAAGGAAAUGAAAAAACUGCAAAAGGAGCGCAAAGUUUUUGAAAAAUAUACUGCAGAAGCUAGAGUAAUUCCAGAUAAAAAAGAACGUGAUGAAAUUCAGGCUUUAAAACAACAGAUUGCAGAGUUACAGGAAGAUAUAAAACAAAAAGAGGCAAAAUGGUCAACUACCCAUCGACGCCUGAAAGAUCAAAUAGAAGCUUUAGUAAAUGAGAAUUUGGAGCUAAAAGAAGAAGUCAAAAUUAUGGAGAAGUUCCGUCUAGAAGCCUGGAAGAAAAUAGAAGCUGCUGGAAGCAAAAGAAAACCAGAAAACUCUGCGAUGGCUUUAAAAAGAGCAGAAUCUUGUCUACCAAAUAGAGGCCCCAAAAGUCAAACUGCAUCUCUGCUUCUUCCAGUACAGAAGUGCAGCAAAAUGAAUGGCAAAAGUUAUUUGCAGGCAAAAGGAAAACUUUCUAGAACACCUGCAUCAGGACCUGCUAACGACAGAAGCAACUCUGAGACAAUGACAGCAGUAGAAGAUUCUUCUAAGACUUUUAUGGUAGACAUCUCUCCUAAUGAAGCUCAUGUGUCACUACCAUCUGGUCCUGCAUAUAUGGGUGGUGAAGAGAUAGAGAGAGAAACUGCUUAUCCUGAUGGAAAGGUUGAGCAAGUUUUGAAAAAUGGCUGUCACCUUGUAUUUUUUCCCAAUGGAACAUGGAAAAAAGUGGGUUCUGAUGGAAAGACUGUAACUAUAACCUUCUUCAAUGGGGAUGUGAAGCAAGUUAUGCCUGAUCAAACGGUGAUUUAUUAUUAUGCUGAUGCUAAGACUACACAUACUACAUACUCUGAUGGCUUAGAGGUCUUGCAGUUUUCAAAUGGACAAAUAGAGAAGCAUUAUCCUGAUGGCAAAAAGGAAAUUACCUUCCCUGAUCAAACUAUUAAGAACUUAUUUACAGACGGACAAGAAGAAAGUAUCCUUCCAGACGGUACCAUUGUUCGUGUUCAGCCAGAUGGAAGCAAAACUAUAGAGUUCAAUAAUGGCCAGAGAGAACUACAUACAUCACAGUUUAAGAGACGGGAAUACCCAGAUGGUUCUGUCAAGACUGUGUACAUGAAUGGACAGCAGGAAACAAAGUAUGGCUCUGGGAGAGUCAGAGUAAAGGACAAGGAUGGAAAUAUUAUCAUGGACACUAAGUUGUAGGCAAUGUCAAAACUGCUGAAGUGUUAAGACAUCAGCAAAAAUAAUGUACAUUUCUGUAAACAAGAAGCAAAACCCCUUUAAGCUUGUUGUGUAUAUACUGUUUAUAGUUUUUACAAAAUAAAUUUAUUUUUAAGUGAGUGCUA